AUUGACUUUGGUGGCGCCAAAACACUUAUUCAGGGGCUGCGACGCUCAGCUACUGGACAAAGCCACGAACAUGGCAUCCCAACCAAAAAUCACAGGUUUUUACCGUCCCACCAAAGCAAAUUCUUCAGCAGCUGCUGCGAAAAGACGAAAAGCUCUUAUAGAUGACCCCGUGUGUGAAAUUAGAUCUAAUUGUGAUAUUAAACCGGCUAUAGCAUCCCUUAAACAGGAGACGACAGCUAACAUCAUCGCGGAGCCAGACGUGCUGUUGAAAAGUGAGCAGUUGAAAAAAGAGCCUGGUCCACCAGGUAACCCCAAAAACAUUUUUACUGAUGGCAUAGAACAUGUAAAAACUGUCCAGAAAAAGUCUUGUAUAAGAAAAAGUAAAAAGACUUUGAAAUCGGUGGAAAGUUUGUUGAAGGUUUCCCUUCCCAAAAGCUUGUUGUGUGAGAAUGGUUUUGCUGAAACAGAAGUAAUCAAAGAGGAGGCAACAUCUUUUGCAGAUAAUCAUGGAUCCUUCCCAGCUGAAGUGUCAACCCCCAAAGGGUCAACCAGUCUCAGCACAUCAUGUCGUAAGAGGAAAAUGCAGUGCAUUGAUGAACAAUCUGAGGUAGUGAAAACAACACCAGAGAAACCUACAGAAAAAAGUAUUGGAGUUCAGUUGCCCAUAAGAGUUCGUAAAAAAUUGGAAAUGGGAAACCAAAAUGUUACAGCCAAUCAAGCCAUUGAAGUCAAAAUCAAUGCUGACCAACUAAACUCUCCAUCAAAGCCAGUUACAUUUUUAUGUAUGGGAACACUUUCUCCCCGAAAGCCAGCCAUCAGUUCUCCUAUUCGUGCAAAAGGCAGUCCGUUACUCAAUAACAGGCCACUUCAGUCAAGCUCUGAGAAAUUAUUGCAAAACUUAGCAGAAAAAAGGUUCAAAUCUCCAGCUGUAAAAUCUUUAGCAUCUUUACUUGAUAAAGUAGCUCCUGCUGAAAAGUUAACGCCGGAAGAAGUGAAAUCUCGUCUCGGGACCAGCAAGAAUCUCGCUGAACUUCGAGCCAAGCUCUCAAAAGUCAAUGACUGUUCGGCAAAAGUCAAGGAGUUCUACGAAAGCAAAGUCCAGUUAAAGAAGUUCUCAAACCUUGAAUUUAAUCUCGCAGUCCCGGUUAGCCCAGGAAAAACAGCACAAUCACCCGGUAAACGACAGACGCAAACUGAGAAAAGGCCAGCGUUUGAGCGUUUCCAUGCCCUUGCUCAAGCUCCUUCAGAACAUCUUAUUCUUCCUUAUAAAUACAAGGUUCUAAAUGAAGUGUUCCGCUGUCUCGAAACUGUCGUCGCUAUGUUGUAUAACAGGAAAGAGUGCAUCCAUUUCAGCAAGUUGAAACCUGCUGUACAAAAAAUGCUUCAAAGGGAUUUUACAGAGAAGCAUUUAGCCCAGGUUUGUCAUGUCUUUCCUACAGCCUACAAGAUUAAUUAUGAAAAACUUGUAGCCAACCUUCGAAGCUCUCCAGUCAAGAAUCGUUCCUACCACUUAACCUUGACUCCCAGAUUGAACUAUCUGAGUUCAAAAUUGCUUGAUGAAGAAGAAUCUGAUGAUUUAAAUGAAGACCAAAAGAGUUUUCAACCUUUAGCACCGAGUAUGCUAAUAGAGCGACGCUAUGUUUUCCAUAAUCGUUUGAUCAAGAUCGUCAAGGAACAUCAUACGGAAUUUCUGGCUAAUUACAAUCCCCUGUUAGAAGUGGCCGAAGACAAGAUUACCCGAUGGCAUCAAAAUUUCGACGUUGAUGCUGUUCCUGAUAUUCCUUUGGCACCCUUGCCAACACCCCCUGACGUUCAAACGUUCGCAACUGCCAAAGAUGUACUUGAACAAGCACACAAUCUUGCCAAACUCAAUCCUCGAUUGGAAGCCGCCUUAAAGGAACGGGCUGCGCUUAGCGAUUCGACUGCACCACCUCAGACAAACCUUCAACAGGAAACAGAAGCCCCGAAACCCACAGCGCCCGUUAAUGCAGGAUUAAAAGGCGUUUCGCAAUCUCUGAUAGACAAGAUUCGCGCCCGUGAAGCCGCAAAAGCACAAACACAAAUGACGAUGAAUACAGAAGAAAUCCGUCGGCAAGGAAUGUCAAAAAUGCUUCCAGAGUUAGCCAGAAUUAUUAACAGUAUUUUUGUGACGGAGAAGAAGUCAGUUAUCGCACUGCGGCCCCUCAUCGAAAAGAUUCAAUAUAGUCACCGGGGAAUCAUGAGUGCGUCGACGGUAGAAGAACAAAUAAAACUGCUGCGAAAAGUAUACCCGGAAUGGCUGGAUAUUUUAAGUAGAGCGGGUAUUGAUUACGUUAAAGUGGAUCGGAAGAUCGAUAGCAACAUCGUUUAUCAGAAACUUGAAGACAACGCCAAAAGUUAACUCGUUUAACACGUGUGGUUUUUAAUUGCAACGUUUUUAUAUUUGCGAACUUUUUUUCAACUCAUUUUAUUUUUGAACUGGCUCGAUAUGUUUUUUUUUACAACAAAAUAAAAUGGGAUAUAUUUC